GCUGCUCCCCGGGCCCAGCCGGGGGUCCCGGGGGGGCCCGGCGGUGACGUCACGGCGCGUUGCCCGGUGACGCGGUGUGACGUCAGGCCGGCCGCCCCCCGGCAGCAAUGGCGGCGGCGCCCGCGCCGGCCAGGCCGCGCUGACAUGGACCUCAAGGGCCAGUACUGGACGGACGAUGACUCCGACGGGGACAAUGAGUCCGAGGAGUUCCUCUACGGCGUCCAGGGGACCUGCGCCGCCGACCUGUACCGGCACCCGCAGCUGGACGCCGACAUCGAGGCGGUGAAGGAGAUCUACAGCGAGAAUGCCGUGGCCGUCAGGGAGUACGGGACCAUCGAUGACGUGGACAUCGACCUGCACGUGAACAUCAGCUUCCUCGAUGAGGAGGUGGCGACGGCGUGGAAGGUGCUGCGGACGGAGCCCAUCGUCCUCCGCCUGCGCUUCUCCCUCUCCCAGUACCUCGAUGGCCCCGAACCGUCCAUCGAGGUGUUCCAGCCGUCCAACAAGGAGGGCUUUGGGCUGGGUCUGCAGCUGAAGAAGAUCCUGGGCAUGUUCACAUCCCAGCAAUGGAAACACCUCAGCAACGAUUUCCUGAAGACCCAGCAGGAGAAGCGGCACAGUUGGUUCAAGACAAGCGGCACCAUCAAGAAGUUCCGUGCUGGCCUCAGCAUCUUCUCCCCCAUCCCCAAGUCUCCCAGCUUCCCUGUUAUCCAAGACUCGGUGCUGAAGGGCAAACUGGGCAUCCCUGAGGCUCGUGUGAACCGCCUGAUGAACCGCUCUGUGUCCUGCAUGGUGAAGAACCCCAAGGUGGAAGUUUUCGGCUACCCCCCCGCCAGCACCCAGGCAGGUGUUGCCCCCUUCAACAUCCUGGUCGGCGGCCACUGCAAGAACAUCCCUACGCUGGAGUACGGCUUCCUCGUCCAGAUCAUGAAGUACGCGGAGCAGCGGAUCCCGACGCUCAAUGAGUACUGCGUGGUGUGUGACGAGCAGCACGUCUUCCAGAACGGCUCCAUGCUCAAGCCGGCCGUGUGCACGCGGGAGCUCUGCGUCUUCUCCUUCUACACCCUGGGCGUCAUGUCGGGCGCGGCUGAGGAGGUGGCCACGGGUGCCGAGGUGGUGGACCUGCUGGUGGCCAUGUGCCGCGCUGCCCUCGAGUCCCCUCGCAAGAGCAUCAUCUUCGAGCCUUAUCCCUCCGUGGUGGACCCCAACGACCCCAAAACUCUUGCCUUCAACCCCAAGAAGAAGAACUAUGAGCGGCUGCAGAAGGCCCUGGACAGCGUGAUGUCCAUCCGGGAGAUGACCCAGGGAUCCUACCUGGAGAUCAAGAAGCAGAUGGACAAGCUGGACCCCCUGGCCCAUCCCCUCCUGCAGUGGAUAAUCUCCAGCAACAGAUCCCACAUCGUCAAGCUGCCUCUCAGCAGGCAGCUGAAGUUCAUGCACACCUCCCACCAGUUCCUCCUGCUCAGCAGCCCCCCGGCCAAGGAGGCGCGGUUCCGCACGGCCAAGAAACUCUACGGCAGCACCUUCGCUUUCCACGGCUCUCACAUUGAGAACUGGCAUUCCAUCCUCCGCAACGGACUGGUCAACGCUUCCUACACCAAACUGCAGCUGCAUGGAGCAGCCUAUGGCAAGGGCAUCUAUCUGAGCCCCAUCUCCAGUAUUUCCUUUGGAUACUCAGGGAUGGGGAAAGGCCAGCACCGGAUGCCGUCGAAGGAUGAGCUGGUGCAGCGGUACAACAGGAUGAACACCAUCCCCCAGACCCGCUCCAUCCAGUCCCGCUUCCUCCAGAGCCGCAACCUGAACUGCAUCGCGCUUUGUGAAGUGAUCACCUCCAAGGACCUGCAGAAACACGGCAACAUCUGGGUGUGCCCCGUCUCGGACCACGUCUGCACCCGCUUCUUCUUUGUGUACGAAGACGGCCAAGUGGGAGAUGCCAAUAUCAAUACUCAGGACCCCAAAAUCCAGAAGGAGAUCAUGCGUGUGAUCGGGACUCAGGUGUACACAAACUGAGCGGUGGCAGUGGUGGGACCCCCGGGACCCCCCGGGCACUGAGUGGAGCCCCCCAGGCAAGGCCAGGAAAGGCCGAGUGGGAUUUGAGCCCCCCCGGGCAGGGCAGAGCCGGGGCCAGUGCCAGUGGCUCCACCUGUACAUAGGCGUCGGGCACCCCGGGAGCACCAGGCGGGUUUGGCGGUCCCUUGUCCCCUCCCUGUCCUGUCCUCGGUGUCCCCACCCUGUGGCAGCGUGGAGAAGGAGCCGCGGGGCCGGGGGCUGCCCCUCCUGGCGUUGGCAGCAACGGCGUUUUUAUCGAUGAGAAACAGAAGCAAAAAAAUAACAAAGAACCAAAACAAACCCAAAAACACAGAAAAAAAAAAAGAGAAAAGAAA